AUGAGUAGUACUUCUCCAAUUCAAUCGCAUAUCUUUUUACCUACCUAUCUUCUUGAGAGUGUUGUUGAUGGAAACCCUUAUAAAAUUGAUCCUGAUUUAUUCUUAAGUAAAGCUACGACUCCACAACUUUUGGAGGUUAUUCAUGCGUUUCAUCCACAUUUUUCAUUUAUUGAUACUGCACAAGAAGAUCGCGAGCUUCUCAAAAGAGUGUUUCGUAGCAUGGUAGCCUUUCGCCUGUCUCGUAUUCCCAUCUUUAAUUUACAACCGGAGCCUCAUUACUUCAACGUCCAAUUACCACAUAUGAUUUGGGGACCUCAAGACUCUCGCACCACAUUGACAACUGAUACUGUCCUCAAUCCUGAUCGAAUCCAUGAUUUCAACACCUUUGUUCUUGGGUACCUUCGAAGUGGCCAAUAUCGCCUUGCUGCCGAGAAAAUGGUCAAUUUUGUUCAGACUCACCAAUACCUCAAUGAAGAUGAGAUCUCUGAGAUACAAGAUACGGGAGAAGACAUCGAAAGCAAUGUUCAAGAUCUUACAUCAUCCCUUGGAGAAGCGCACAAGUCCCUCGAAGGUAUCAAUUUUUCACUUUCCGACCCAGGCCUUUUGCUUCGAGACCGCGAAAAACUCGAGAUGCAGCUACAAAGUGCAAUUGUCUUAGUAAAAUCUCGUCAAAGCAUUCUGGAUCAUGCAAUCCAAGAUUCUGGAUUUGUUGCAGCAUUGAUCGAUCAUUACCAAAAACUCCUGGUCAAACAUCAUGGAACUCGUCCUCCAUCCUCUCCAUCACAAGAUUCUCACCAACAACAACAAGUAGAUCCUGCAACACCUUCUUCGGUUGAAUGA